AUGCAGGCGGUAGCCUUCAAAGACAAGAGACGGGGAUCCGCAGGCAAUAAAGCUGCAGAUGACCCUAACUAUGAGAACAUCACCUUUACCUUCAAAAACCAGAACCAGCCAAAGGGCAGUCAUUCACCACCCAAGAACAAGGUGCCAGCCGAGUCCAGACCACCCUCAGACACUGCCCAGGGACACCACUGGUUGCCUAAAGCCAUGAUGAGUCUGAACACCUUCUUGACUCUGUCCUGCAUGGUCCUCUUAGCUGUGGUCCUGGUGAAGAAUUCCGAGAUGUCCAGGGAGCUGGUGGUCUUGAAAGAGGAGCUCUGGAAUGUCUCCACUUCGGUGCAAGAGUACCAGGAAGAGCAGAAGACUCAGUGGGGCAACGUGAAACAGCAUGUCACGGCAGCCAAGCAGAGCAUCGACACAGUCAUGAGGAACGUCCAGGAAGGGAACCCGAAACGGAGGCAGCUGGCCACAGUCCCAAACAUAGACGAAGUCAAGAAAACACUACAGGAAAUCCUCAAUAUACUGAAGACGUCAAAACCAAGUCCCACACCUCAAUGAGUGAGAAAGUCUCACAGCCCUGGCUGCACCGUGGAGGAACGACAGCACUUCUUCCUUGAAGAAGGAACAUGGGGACCCACGCUGGUCUGAAGCUGCCCUUCCU